AUGCCCGCCACGGCGGUCCCGAUGCCGAAGAAGAAGGGCGCCGACCUUGCGCCAGAGAGCGAGCGCUUCCUGCGAUGCUGCGCCGAUGUUGCCAACGCCUUGAUUGAAGACCACGAGUCAACCAAGGACGGCAAGGCUGGCCGGGAUAUCAACCUCAACUCUCUGCGAUCCAAGCUGGCCAAGAAGCACAAGCUUGCUAAUAUCCCUCCCUUGACCGCUAUCAUCGCCGCCAUCCCAGAACAUUACAAGAAAUACAUCCUGCCCAAGUUGAUCGCAAAGCCCAUUAGAACCUCUUCUGGUAUCGCUGUCGUUGCCGUCAUGUGCAAGCCUCACCGAUGUCCUCAUAUCGCAUACACGGGGAACAUCUGCGUCUAUUGCCCUGGCGGCCCCGACUCCGACUUUGAAUACAGCACCCAGUCCUACACUGGCUAUGAACCUACCUCGAUGCGAGCCAUUCGUGCCCGAUACGAUCCCUUUGAGCAGGCCAGAGGGCGCGUGGACCAGCUCAAGUCGCUGGGCCACUCAGUUGACAAGGUCGAAUACAUCAUCAUGGGAGGAACGUUCAUGUCGCUGCCCGAAUCAUACCGAGAGGACUUUAUUUCGCAACUUCACAAUGCCCUGAGCGGAUACCAGACGUCCAAGGUGGAUGAAGCCGUCGAGGCUGGCGAGAUGAGCAACGUCAAGUGCGUUGGAAUCACCAUUGAAACACGACCAGACUACUGCCUUCAACCGCACCUUUCAGACAUGCUGCGGUAUGGUUGUACCAGAUUGGAAGUCGGCGUCCAGUCUCUUUAUGAGGACGUGGCACGAGACACGAAUCGUGGGCACACUGUUGCGGCCGUGGCAGAGACAUUCUGCCUCGCCAAGGAUGCUGGGUUCAAGGUUGUCAGCCACAUGAUGCCAGAUUUGCCCAACGUGGGCAUGGAACGCGACAUUGAUCAAUUCCGCGAAUAUUUCGAGAACCCAGCCUUUCGAACUGACGGCCUGAAAAUCUACCCUACCCUGGUCAUUCGAGGGACAGGUUUGUACGAGCUGUGGCGCACUGGAAGAUACCAAAACUACACGCCAAACGGACUGAUCGACCUCAUUGCGAGAAUAUUUGCACUUAUCCCCCCCUGGACCAGAAUUUACCGCGUUCAGAGAGAUAUUCCCAUGCCUCUUGUCACCUCUGGCGUGGAGAACGGCAACUUGCGGGAGCUGGCGCUUGCCAGGAUGAAGGAUUUUGGAACCACCUGCCGAGAUGUGCGGACGCGAGAAGUUGGUAUCAAUGAGGUCAAGAACAAGAUUCGACCAAACCAGAUUGAGUUGGUUCGCAGAGACUACACUGCGAAUGGCGGCUGGGAAACGUUCCUUGCCUACGAAGACCCCAAGCAGGAUAUUUUGGUGGCUCUGCUGCGUUUGAGAAAAUGCACAGAGAAGUACACCUACCGAGAGGAGUUGAUAGGUCAGCCUAGCAGCAUGGUGCGAGAGCUCCACGUCUACGGAACUGCGGUACCGGUACACGCCCGUGAUCCCAGAAAGUUCCAGCACCAAGGUUUCGGCACCCUGCUCAUGGAGGAAGCCGAGAGAAUUGCUCGUGAGGAGCACGGCAGCGAGAAGAUUAGCAUCAUCUCUGGUGUUGGUGUCCGAAGCUACUACAAGAAACUCGGUUACUGGCUAGAUGGUCCCUAUAUGAGCAAAUGGCUAGACGGUCGAGACGAGAAUGGCAAUCAAUAA